GUCCUGGGCCGCCGCGCCCCGCCCUCUGCCGGCGGGGUCUGGGCAGCGGCGGCCGCGGCCGAGGGCUAUGCGGCGGAGGAGACGGGGCAGGCCCCACCUCCUUUGUCCGCCCUGCCCUCCUAUUGGUCCGAGCGGGGGACCGGGGGCGGACACCGGCGCGGGGCCGGAGCAGCGCGGCUCAGGCUGCGGGAAAGCGGCGCGCGUGCAGCGGGGUGGGUUCGCUGGUCCGCGGGCGAGCUCGAGCAGCCAACCCCGGGAGCGUCGGGGCCAUGGACGGCCUGAGGCAGCGCGUGGAGCGCUUCCUGGAGCAAAGGAACCUGGUCACCGACGUGCUGGGGGCGCUGGAGGCCAAGACCGGGGUGGAGAAGCGGUAUCUGGCUGCAGGAGCCGUCACUCUGCUAAGCCUGUAUCUGCUGUUCGGCUACGGAGCGUCUCUGCUGUGCAAUCUCAUCGGAUUUGUAUACCCCGCAUAUGCCUCAAUCAAAGCUAUCGAGAGCCCGAGCAAGGACGACGACACUGUGUGGCUCACCUACUGGGUGGUGUACGCCCUGUUCGGGCUGGCCGAGUUCUUCAGCGAUCUACUCCUGUCCUGGUUCCCUUUCUACUACGUGGGCAAGUGCGCCUUCCUGUUGUUCUGCAUGGCUCCCAGGCCCUGGAACGGGGCUCUCAUGCUGUAUCAGCGCGUCGUGCGUCCGCUGUUCCUAAGGCACCACGGGGCCGUGGACAGAAUCGUGAACAACCUCAGCGGGCGAGCCCUGGACACGGCGGCCGGAAUAACCAGGAACGUCAAGCCAAGUCAGACCCCGCAGCCGAAGGACAAGUGAAGCAGCCCCCCGGGCCUCGCAAGGACCUCCUGGCUGGUGAGGAGGGGGCUGUGCCAGGCUCCCAGGCCUCCACAGAGUCUUCAGCGCAUCCCCCGCCAGCAGCCCCCGCCAGUCCCUCGGGUCCAGGCAAGGCCCUGGGGGUCUCCUUAAAUGCCACCUCGGGCAAGUCCCAGUCCCAGUCCUCGGCCACCCCCAGCUCUGGAUCCCAGGGCCAGCUGCCCUCUGGCUCUGGCCGUGGCUCCCGCCUGUCCGGCAAGGCCCAGGGCCAGCGUCGGGCACGGGGCAGCUCCCACCGGUCUCGGCAACGCACCCAGCCGCCUGGUCCUUCCUCCGGCCCCUCCAAGUCAGCCCUCCCGUCCUCGGGGCCCCUGCAGCCACCGAACAUCACCUCCAGCCCGAUCUCACCCAUGGUCCAGUCUCCCAGCAGCAGCAACAUCCCCACGCAGCCCCCCAGCAAGCCCUCUGACGAGCCAGAGGACGCAGCCCCCAAGACCAGCGGACAGCACGAGAAGCAAUCCUUGACACAACCUGCCAGCAGCGCCUCAGUGCCCAAGCUGGUCCCCUGCCACUCCGGGACCUCUCUGGAGUACACUUCGGAGUCCACCACUGAGAUCACCUGCAGCUGGCCACACCACAGGCCCCCGUGCCUGCAGCACUACUGGUGCCUGAAACACCUGGCCUGCUAGGAGGCUCCAAUAAAGCUAACCCGGACCAGA